CACAUACCACCAUACACACCCACACCCCCCCCCCCACAAACCCCACCCCACACCCCCCCCCCCCACCCCCCCCCCCACCCACCACCCCCCCCCCCCCCCCCCCCCCCCCCCCCCCCCCCCCCCCCCCCCCCCCCGUAAUGUGAUACAAUGAGAAACCAAGUUUUCUGAAAAACUCGUAAACGGUAAUAGUUAAAAACCUGAAACAAAAACUAAAAAGUGUUCCAUUGAGUUUCCAAUCAGUUCUGAAAAUAUGAACCAUUAGUGGCUUUUAGUUUUUAUUUCACAGCAUUCCUACGGAAAGCCCAAAAAGAGGGGUGGGAUACCCUAAAAUCAGACGAAUCAUCAAAUACAAAAAUUGAUUGUAUACAUAUAUAAGAAAACGACUAAAGUGAUAAAAUAAAAUCAAUCUCCAUUUAUGUCACUUUUUAUUUUGGUCAACCGAUAAGAAUCAACAAAGACCAUUCAAAUAUAAUCGUCUUUAAAUAUUUUGGUCUAUUUAGAUUAAAUUUAUCCGAUUAUUACUAUGACAUGAGUGAUAAAGUAACAGCAUCACCGAUCGAUAUUAAUGUGCAUAAAAAUUUAACAAAAAAUAUUCAUUUUAAUUUAAUACCAGAUUUUACUCAAAUAAUAAUGAGUUAUCUUAAAUAUUAUCAUAUACAACAAGCAGCAUAUAUCUACGAUAAUUAUGAAUCAAUAAAACGUCUUUAUGAACUAAUAAAAAUGUAUUCAUACGAUAAUUAUUUUCAUAAUUUUACAUUUAAUAUACGAUUAAUUUCGAAUAGUGAUAAUGCCUAUGCACUAUUGUACAGUAUUGAACAAUAUUAUAUGACUAAAGAUGAAAAACGUUAUAUUUUACUUGAUUUAUCGUCUCAUCAAAGUUAUGUGAAUAUGUUUGAUAAAAUAUCUCAUAUGGGUAUGACAGGUGAUGCGUAUCAUUAUAUAUUAAUGUCGACGUUUGAUGCUUGUUCAUGGAUUCAAGGGAUUAAUUUUUCAGCUUCUAUUACAUAUUUUGAUCAUCAUUACAAUGGUUCAAAACAAGAAUGUACGACAAAUUCAACAAAAUAUAUUGGAGGACAAGAACAACACUAUAAUACGCUUGUUAAACGUCAAGAACAAGAUCAACAACAGCAACAGCAAUACUAUUACUAUUCGUCACUAGGUUUUCGUAAUAAUGAUAAUCCAUUAUCGAAUCAAACUGAACAACAAAAUGAAAUGAUUAAAUUAGACGAACGUGUAUGCGAACAACGGAUAAAAUAUAUCGAUAAUUUACAAAAUAAUAUAUUACAUGAAAAACUAGUGACUAUAAGUAAUUUAUUACCAAAACAUUUUGAUAAACGUUUUUUACAUGAUGCUAUUAAAUAUUUGAUUGUAUCAUUUGAAAAUUUAAAAGAUUGUUCAGGAAAAAUUGUUACAGGAUCGAUGUUAUUGGAUAUAAUCAGUAACAUAAAUAAUAAUACCGUUUAUAAAGGUGAUACCAAUGAUGUACAUAUCAACAAAUGUGGACAACGAUAUUUGAAUAUUAUUGAUGCGUAUAUUACACGAUCAUCGGGAAUUAAUGAAAGGCAGGCAACUCAUAUUGGUCAAUAUAGUGAGAAAAAUGGUUACAAAUCAUGUGAUUAUCAUAAAAAAAAGUCCACAGAAUCAAGUUAUUUUAAACAUACAACGUAUUAUAUCACAAGUUUAUUUGAUGAACCAUUUCUCAUGUUAAGCAAAAAAAGUGGACAUUAUUCAAGAUAUAAUCAGAAAGAUUUAAAACAAUUACAAGGACGAAUAUUUGAUAUGAAUGAAUUAGAAGGUUAUUGUGUUGAUCUUGCUGAUAAAGUGUGUACAAUUUUAAAUAUAACAUGUAAAUUUCGUAUUGUUCAUGAUGGCAAUUUCGGUUCGAAAAAUGGUAGUACAGGUCUAUGGGAUGGUAUGAUUGGAGAACUCGUAUCACGCGUCGCUGACAUGGCCAUUGCUCCAUUGACAAUCAGUCAAAAGCGUAUGGAAGUGGUAGAUUUCAGCAAGCCAUUCAUGAAUCUUGGAAUAUCAAUAAUGAUAAGCAAACCAGAUGCUGAAAAACCAGGCGUUUUCUCAUUUAUGAAUCCUGUAUCAAUGGAAAUAUGGUUAUGUUUUUCUCUCGCCUAUUUUGCCGUAUCUGUGAUAUUAUUUUUGACUAGUCGCGUUGUACAAUCGGGAUGGCGACGAAGAAUUGUACGAACACCAUCUUAUCGUCAAUAUCAUUAUCCUAAAAGUAUUCAUGAUAGACGAAAAAGUGAAGUAUUAUUAGAACGACAACAAGAACACUCUGAUAUUGAUUCUGUUGGUGAUCAACAGCAACGACAACAACGUCGAUCAUCAAAUAUUUCUAAUAGACGUAGUCGACUUCAAUAUCAACGAAAUCAACUUCAUCAUGAAGUUGAACAUCAAAAUCGAUAUGGACGCUAUUUAAAUAUUCCGAAUGAUAAUGCACUCUCUAUUAGUAGUAGUACAAAUACUGUUAAUAAGGAUAAAAAUAAAAUAGAUACAUCGUCAGAUAAUGAACCAGUUCAUUUAUUUGGUAUAUCAAAUGCACUAUUUUUUUCAUUUGCAUCAUUCAUGCGUCAAAAUAUUAAUCUUGUUCCAAAAUCCUUUUCUGGUAGAGUUGCGGCAACAUCAUGGUGGUAUUUUUCCUUAAUUUUCAUUUCGUCUUAUACUGCCAAUCUAGUGGCAUUUCUUACUGUGGAAAAACUCGUUAUACCCAUUGAAAGUGUCGAAGAUUUAGCAAAACAGUAUGAAAUGAAAUAUGGUGCUCUUCAAAAUGGCACGACAUCCGCUUUUUUUGAAAAGAGUAACUUGACUGUAUUUCAGACUAUGUGGCAAUUUAUGCAACGUCAUUCAACCGAAGUAUUUGUUCAAUCAAAUGAUGAAGGAGUAGCAAAAGUACGCAAUUCAAAAGGAAAAUAUGCAUUUUUCAUUGAAUCAACAAAAAAUGAAUAUGUCAACGAACGUGAACCAUGCGAUACAAUGAAAGUUGGUAGUGAUCUUGAUUCUAAAGGAUAUGGUAUUGCAUCAACAAUGGGAUCAGAUUUGAGAGAAGCACUCGAUAUUAUUGUGACAGAAUUAAGAGAAUCAGGCUUUUUAGAUAAAUUAAAACAACAAUGGUGGUACGACAGAUCAGAAUGUUCAACAGUACCGAAAGAUAAACGAUUCAGUAAAUUAAGUUUAUCAAGUGUUACUGGAUUAUUUUAUAUAUUUUUAUUUGGUGGUAUACUGUCAUGUGUUAUUGCAUUCACCGAAUUUAUUCUCACAGCAAAAGCCGAAUCAGAAAGACUAAAAAUUAAUUUUCAAGAAAUAUUAAAAAUAAAAAUGGUAGAAAAUCUUAUUGGUCUUACGGCUCAUACCCAACGACAAUUAGAACUUGGAAAAAUACAAGACGAAUGUACUGACGACUACAACGAACGUGAACAAUCAGUGACAGAUCCGAGAGUUAUUAUAAAAUGUUACACAGAAUACAAACUAAAUCAACCGCAAAGUGACGUAUAA